AUGCCGGCAACUCUCCGCAAGCAGCGGCAGCGCUGCCGCUGCUCGCGGAGAGGUCCGCGAAGCCUGGGCGCGCUGAUCUCAGCGCGCGCAGGCUUCGGCAUGCCGGCAACUCUCCGCAAGCAGCGGCAGCGCUGCCGCUGCUCGCGGAGAGGUCCGCGAAGCCUGGGCGCGCUGAUCUCAGCGCGCGCAGGCUUCGGCAGGCCGGCAACUCUCCGCAAGCAGCGGCAGCGCUGCCGCUGCUCGCGGAGAGGUCCGCGAAGCCUGGGCGCGCUGAUCUCAGCGCGCGCAGGCUUCGGCAUGCCGGCAACUCUCCGCAAGCAGCGGCAGCGCUGCCGCUGCUCGCGGAGAGGUCCGCGAAGCCUGGGCGCGCUGAUCUCAGCGCGCGCAGGCUUCGGCAUGCCGGCAACUCUCCGCAAGCAGCGGCAGCGCUGCCGCUGCUCGCGGAGAGGUCCGCGACGCCUGGGCGCGCUGCUCUCCGCGCGCGCAGGCUUCGGCAUGCCGGCAACUCUCCGCAAGCAGCGGCAGUGCUGCCGCUGCUUGCGGAGAGGUCCGCGAAGCCUUGGCUGGACAGCUUUUGAAGGCAGGUGGGGGGGGACAAAGACUUUCGCCCCCCCGCCGACCUCUUCUGAAGGCUGGCGGGGGGGCCAAAGUCGUUGUCCCGCCUGCCGGCCUUCCCAGGGGCUUUUAAAUUGCCCCGGACAGCGGAGGAGUCCUCCGCGGUCCCGGGGCAAUUUUAAAUGCCGCCCGCCAGCAUUUUAAGAUCGCCCCGGACAGCGGAGAAGCCCUCCGCUGUCCCGGGGUUUUUUAAAAUGCUGGGGUGGAGUGGGAAGAAAAGCCCUUGUCCCCCCCAGCCUUCAGAAGAGGUCGGGGGACAGACUGUCCCCGGACCUGGUCUGAAGUCGGUUUCCCUAGGAACGCAUUAAUUGAUUUUCAAUGCAUUCCUAUGGGAAACCGUGCAUCGCAAGACGAAAAACUCGCAAGAAGAAAAAACUUGCGGAACGAAUUAAUUUCGUCUUGCGAGGCACCACUGUAUUACGUAGGAAUGUUGAAAUGUGUCUGACAGUGUGUUAUUUCCACAAAGGGGGGGGGCUAUUUUUGUGUGUAAUUGUUUUUAUGUUUAAUGUCUUAUUCCUUACACCCCAGUGGAGGAUUCUCAUACAUUUUAUGCGUUCUAAUAGACCAGGCUAUUGUGUAGUCCAAUGUUUAGAUUGUCCCACCUGGCACUAUGCCAACCUUCCCUACCCAUUUUAAAAUGUGCUAAAACUCGCUUUACCAAGGAGAAGCUUAGAAUAGAAUCAUAGAAUCAUAGAAUCAUAGAGUUGGAAGAGACCACAAGGGCCAUCAAGUCCAACCCCCUGCCAAGCAGGAAACACCAUCAGAGCACUCCUGACAUAUGGUUGUCAAGCCUCUGCUUAAAGACCUCCAAAGAAGGAGACUCCACCACACUCCUUGGCAGCAAAUUCCACUGUUGAACAGCUCUUACUGUCAGGAAGUUCUUCCUAAUGUUUAGGUGGAAUCUUCUUUCUUGUAGUUUGGAUCCAUUGCUCCGUGUCCGCUUCUCUGGAGCAGCAGAAAACAACCUUUCUCCCUCCUCUAUGUGACAUCCUUUUAUAUAUUUGAACAUGGCUAUCAUAUCACCCCUUAACCUCCUCUUCUCCAGGCUAAACAUGCCCAGCUCUCUUAGCCGUUCCUCAUAAGGCAUCGUUUCCAGGCCUUUGACCAUUUUGGUUGCCCUCCUCUGGACACGUUCCAGUUUGUCAGUGUCCUUCAUGAACUGUGGUGCCCAGAACUGGACACAGUACUCCAGGUGAGGUCUGACCAGAGCAGAAUACAGUGGCACUAUUACUUCCCUUGAUCUAGAUGCUAUACUCCUAUUGAUGCAGCCCAGAAUUGCAUUGGCUUUUUUAGCUGCCGCGUCACACUGUUGGCUCAUGUCAAGUUUGUGGUCAACCAAGACUCCUAGAUCCUUUUCACAUGUACUGCUCUCAAGCCAGGUGUCACCCAUCUUGUAUUUGUGCCUCUCAUUUUUUUGCCCAAGUGCAAUACUUUACAUUUCUCCCUGUUAAAAUUCAUCUUGUUUGUUUUGGCCCAGUUCUCUAAUCUGUCAAGGUCGUUUUGAAGUGUGAUCCUGUCCUCUGGGGUGUUAGCCACCCCUCCCAAUUUGGUGUCAUCUGCAAAUUUGAUCAGGAUGCCGUUGAGUCCAUCAUCUAAGUCGUUGAUAAAGAUGUUGAAUAAGACCGGGCCCAAGACAGAACCCUGUGGCACCCCACUAGUCACUCUUCUCCAGGAUGAAGAGGAACCAUUGAUGAGCACCCUUUGGGUUCGGUCAGUCAGCCAGUUACAAAUCCACUGAGUGGUAGCAUAGUCAAGACCACAUUUUACCAGCUUCUUUACAAGAAUAUUAUGAGGCACCUUGUCAAAUGCCUUGCUGAAAUCAAGGUAGGCUACAUCCACUGCGUUCCCUUCAUCUAGCAGGCUUGUAAUUCUGUCAAAAAAUGAGAUCAGGUUAGUCUGACAUGACUUAUUUUUCAGAAAUCCAUGCUGACUAUUGGUGAUCACAGCAUUCCUUUCUAGGUGCUCACAGACUGUUUGCUUAAUGAUCUGCUCCAGAAUCUUCCCUGGUAUUGAUGUCAGACUGACUGGGCGGUAAUUAUUUGGGUCCUCUCUUUUCCCCUUUUUGAAAAUAGGGACAACAUUUGCCCUCCUCCAGUCUGCCGGGACUUCGCCUGUUCUCCAGGAAUUCUCAAAGGUGACUGCCAGUGGUUCUGAGAUAACAUCUGCCAGUUCUUUUAAUACUCUUGGAUGCAGUUCAUCUGGCCCUGAUACAUGAAGGUGGAUAUGCUUUGGUUUAGCAGGAAUGAUCCCUUAUAGAGUUAAAUUGACUUAUUUGGACAAGUGCCCUUUUUAAGAAUGGUUUUCUUUUAACAGUUUGUUUUGAUAAGUUGAGAACCAUGGGCAUAUAUAAAUUAUAAUUGGACUCAGUUUGAAUUGGGCAAGUGUAUCCAGGCUGCAAUUAGCUUUUUGGUCCUUUAAGUGCAAGUGAGCAACUUCCCAUGAGUGCAAGACCACAGCCUAUAAUAAAAUCCCAUAGAAAGGCCAAGGCAAAGACAUCUCUCUCAUGAGAUGUCCAAACCUGUGCCAGCUAUGGUGAAUGCCAGGCGACAUGGUUAAAUGAAAGCCCCGAGGGGAUUCAACAGACAGGAUGUGUUGCUGUAGCACUAUGCUGGUGUGAGACCACAGAAGAGCUAGCUUGACACCUGAGAAACACAAAAAUGGCGAAGGACAAAACACCAACUGCAUUUUUCAGUCAUUAGUGGACCUUCCUGCUAAAUGUAAAGCAUAGCCACUAUUGAGAAAAUGUUUCUCCCAAGAGCUAGAAUGCCACAAGUAAUUUAGUAACAAAAUGCAACAUAUGUUAUUUCUAUAUGAUAUAUUUAUACAAAGGCAUCCAUUUACAACAUACGAUGUUAUUAUUUGUGGGGCAAAAAUGUUUAAGAAAAUUUCUAGCCCCAAAGGGGGGAUAAUGUGAUAGGAAUUUUAUGGUCUUAGAUAUAUGGUAAUGUUCAUAACCGCACAUACAUAGAUCAACACAGGAAGGCCAACCUGGAACCAUUUUGAUUCCUAAACUGAGCAAAUGUUUUCCCUGCAAGGUCAAACUGGAAAAGUCUCCCCAUUGUCUCUUUCCUCACAAAUCCUGUCUUAAGGACACAUUUAAGAUAUGAAUAGGGUGUGAGCCUGUGACCUGGCCCAGGAAAUAAGUAUUUUACCACUACAAAAGAAUGGCCAGGCUCCCCAGGCAAUCCAGUCAAGUAACUUGCCAGACUGGAGAUAAACUGUGACAGGAGAAAAACAACUUUUAAAUUUCUGUGAUGUAGGUGGGAUGUAUCUGAGGGGUGGUCUUAGGUUACACCCCUUCUGUGAUGUAUGCAUAAUGUUUCUGGGGGUGGCCUUGAUCUAAAGAAUGGGAAUUUCAAAAGUCUUUAUAAGCCCUUGCACAGCAUUUUUGUGGGUCCUCUUCCUCUCCUGCGUGUGAGGGGAGCACCCUGUUGCAACAGAUUAAUAAAGAUCAAGCUUACUAGCUGCUUUGCUUCUCAAUAUUCUCUGGUUGGCCUCUGUUAUUUUCUCCUAUCAAUAGGGAACCUAUGUAAGGACUCUAUAUGGGCUCUUGGAUACCCCAUAAGGGAAAAGGGCAUAUUUUUAUUUACAACACUAUAUGGACCUUUGUUGGCAAGGUGAUGUCUCUACUUUUUAAGAUGCUGUCUAGGUUUGUCAUUGCUUUUCUCCCAAGAAGCAGGCGUCUUUUAAUUUCGUGGCUGCUGUCACCAUCUGCAGUGAUCAUGGAGCCCAAGAAAGUACAAUCUCUCACUGCCUCCAUUUCUUCCCCUUCUAUUUGCCAGGAGGUGAUGGGCCCAGUGGCCAUGAUCUUCGUUUUUUUCAUGUUGAGCUUCAGACCAUAUUUUGCGCUCUCCUCUUUCACCCUCAAUAAAAGGUUCUUUAAUUCCUCCUCACUUUCUGUCAUCAAGGUUGUGUCAUCUGCAUAUCUGCACAUCUACCAUACCAGUAUUGAAAUUACCAGUGAACAAAAGGUGGAAACCGACAGCCGGGGGGGGCACCGGUCUCUCCUGCUGUAUUUGCUUUCUCCCUUCUCCCUCCUAACUGAUGAGAAAUGGCAAUAAGCUCUCACACAAACCAGAAGACUUUUAAAGUUUAACCAGUAUGUUGGCUAGACAAUCAAAGAUCCAGCGGCAAAGUAAACAAAGAAGGUAAACAACAAAGAACUGGAAAGUGCUUCUUUCUUUCCUCCAACACGCCCACACCCACCAAUGAAAAAAAGGGGGAAGUGUUCUUAUUUUUAUUUUCCCCCUAAAUAGCUUUCCUCCAUAUUAAAAAGGAAGGUUGUUUGUUUGUAGGAGAUUAUCUCUUUGCUUGCUUGCUCUCCUUCCCAUUGUGCUACACCGUGAUAUUGAAAACCAGAUAUCACCCAGCCCUAACUCAAUUAUCUUAUUAAUUGCACAGUGAAGGUCACAAUAAUGAUCCACAGGUCAUCCAGCCUCUGCUCACAACCAGCGCCUGCUUGCUGGCAAGGGAAAAACUUGUGAAAGAGUUGUUGCAUGGCAAGUGAGCUGAGAUUGGGCACAAACCUCUGGCACAGUUUCUUAGAGCUCUUGUGAUUCUGGGGGGGGGGCACACAUAACUACCACAGAGUUAUCAAAAUUUUCUAAAGUAGGGGGUCCGUGGCUUGACUUUUGAAAAAUAGGGGGUCCUCAGUAUUUAGCUAAUUGGGAAACACUACUGCAGAGUAUUAAUCAGCCAAAGGUCUGGUUGAAGAGGAACGUUUUUGCCUGGCACCUAAAAAUAUAUAAUGAAAGUGCCAGGCAAAGCCCCCUGGGGAGAGCACCCGACAAAAGGGGAGCCACUACAGACAAGACACUUGGAGGUCUGUUCUGAGGCAGCUGCACAUUUGAGAGAGGGGCCAGAGCUCAGUCUUAAAGUCCAUGCCUGACAGGCAAAUGGACCAAGGUUUAAUCCCCAGCAUUUCACAUUAUCAGGACUUCCGGAGUCAGCGCCAUCGGUAAUGGCGGAAUUCCUCUGACUAGGAGGAAUUUGCUCUGUGGGAACCGGGUCUGGCCGUCACGGCGAAGGCGGAGAGCCUUCAAAAAUCACAGGCAGGUGCCUGUGAAUGUGGGAUUCGGCGGGCACCUUUUGCGCCCCCCCCUACUCGUGGGGAACCCCGAUUUUGGGGCUCCGGAGUGAAGCGGGGUGAGUGGCGCGGUGCUGUGAAUCGACUGCUUUUUCCACGGAGCGAAGCCGCACAGCCGUUGCCGGAGAGCGCUGACUUUUUCCUGUGGACAAUUGGAUUUUAAAAGUAACUACCCGUGAGUAGGAUAAAUUGGAAGAUCUUAAAGGGAAAAAAAGAUUUAAUUUGGCACUGAAGCGGGGAGGCUCAAACAGGAAGUCCGCCUUCCGGUUUUGUAAAUAGAUCAAAGCAAAGAGACUGCAAGCUAAAGUCUCGGAGAAUCGAUCGGAAAAGGCUAAUUUCUCAACAUUAAAAAGAAAGUGAAUUCCCCCCCCCCUUUGGAAGCAGGAGAAGAGGGGGGAAGUUUGACUAUAUAUACCUGCAAGAGAGAGAGGGAAAGAAGCUAAAAUUCCACCGCUCAGAACCUGGGAACGGGCUGCCGAUAGGACAAUAAGACUGCUGUAUUUUGAAAUGCGUCUUGACUGUGAGUAGACCAUCCGCUGACAGCUAGCUGAGUAAGAGAGAUACAUUGUUUUUGCUGCCCACUUUUGAUCUUAAAAAGGAGAAAAGUAACUGAAAAUGGAAACUAACUUUCUCGUUUGAGUUGUGCUUUAAAAGGUGUUAUUUUGGAUUAAUGCAAGAACAGAUAUUAACUGUUUCCCCCUAGAGGAAGUUUUUGAAACUGUUACAAGAGUUGGUUCAGGGGAAUUUUCCCCUGUCAAGAUAAAGCUGUGUGACUGUGGGACUGACCUUGGGGGUUUUUUUGUGUGUUUUUUUUAAAAAGUGUUAUGGCAGAUGGGAAAGAAAAAGUACAUCCAUCAUUCCCAGACAAAACAACAAGGUCUGGGAAGCAUUGGCAACGAAGAGCAUCAACAUCCGGCCCUUCUGCCUCAUCUGCCUCAUCUGUGGCUGUACCAACACAACCAAAAACAAGAGGAAUGUCAUCAGAAGAAGCCCUAGCGCUUGCAUUAAGUAAGAUAAAUGAAUCAUUGGAACAACUUAACAAGAAAGUAGAUACUACAAAUGCAAAAGUGGAUGCUACAAAUGCAAAAGUGGAUGCCACAAAUGCAAAAGUGGAUGCUGCAGUUACUAAAAUUGAUGCAAAUACAGAAAGCAUAAAUAGUCUGGGACAAAAGGUGAAUGCUAACACAGAAACCAUUGAGAAACUGAUACAGGAAUCUAAUUCUACACGACAGACUGCCAUCUAGAAUAUGCAAUUGGGCAAAUCUCCAGGGCCGGACGGUUUGACGUCAAGAUAUUAUAGAUCUCUGAAAGAAUGGUUAGUACAGCCAUUAAAAGAAGUUUGUAAUGAAAUAUUGGAAGGGAAAAGGGCACCAGAGUCGUGGAAGGAAGCAUACAUCACACUUAUACCGAAAACAGAGUCCGAGAAGACACAGCUCAAGAAUUACUGCCCCAUAUCUUUGCUUAAUGUGGAUUAUAAAAUUUUUGCAGACAUUUUGGCUAAAAGAUUAAAAAAGGUACUAGUAGAAGAAAUUCAUAAAGAUCAAGCGGGCUUUCUCCUGGGCAGACACUUGUCUGACAAUACGAGGAAUAUAUUUUAGAAAAACUACAAGUGAAUAUUAACACUAAAGCAGUUUUGAUAUUUGUGGACGCGGAGAAAGCCUUUGACAAUAUUUCCUGGAGUUUUAUGAUGAAGAAUUUACAGGGGAUGGGGGUCGGCCAAGGUUUUGGAAAUGGUAUAGGUGCAAUUUACUCAGAACAAAAGGCUAAAUUAAUUGUAAAUAAUGUAGUGAUGGAAGAAUUUAAGAUAGAGAAAGGAACACGACAAGGUUGCCCAAUCUCCCCAUUGCUUUUUAUAUCUGUCUUGGAGGUUCUCUUAAACAUGAUUAGAAGGGACCAAAUGGUUAAAGGUAUACAAGUUGGAGCUAAACAGUACAAAUUGAAAGCAUUUGCCGAUGAUUUGGUACUGACAUUACAGGAGCCAGAAUCUAGUACUAAAAGAGUAUUGGAAUUGAUUCAAGAAUUUGGUCAGGUCGCGGGUUUUAAGCAGAAUAAGAUGAAAACUAAGGUUUUAGAGAAAAAUCUAACAGGGAUUGAAAGAGAGAGGUUUCAGAAGGAGACAGGAUUAACAUUGGUCAAGAAAGUGAAAUACCUAGGGGUCAAUAUGACUGCCAAAAAUGUGAAUUUAUUUAAGGAUAACUAUGAAAAAUGCUGGUUGGAAGUGAAAAAGGAUUUAGAAAUAUGGUCAAAUCUGAAGUUAUCAUUGCUAGGCCGAAUUGCUGCGAUAAAAAUGAAUGUAUUGCCAGGGAUGCUGUUUCUGUUCCAAACAUUGCAAAUUUUGGAUAAAAUGGAUUGUUUCAAGAAGUGGCAGAGAGAUAUUUCUAGAUUUGUCUGGCAGGGCAAGAAGCCUCGAAUAAAAUUUAAGAUAUUAACCGAUGCUAAAGAAAGAGGUGGAUUUGCCCUGCCAGACCUUAAACUUUAUUAUGAAUCGGCCGCGUUUUGCUGGCUGAGAGAAUGGCUGCUUCUUGAAAAUACUGACGUGUUGGACCUAGAAGGUUUUAACAACGUAUUUGGGUGGCAUGCAUAUUUGUGGUAUGAUAAGAUUAAAGCACAUAAAGCGUUUAAAAACCAUAUUGUCAGAAAAGCACUGUUUAAUGUCUGGAUAAGAUAUAAGGACUUGCUUGAAAAUAAAACCCCAAGGAAAAAGCUCAAUAUGGAGGCCAAUUGGCCGAAAUAUUGGGAAAUUUUGGAACAAGAGGGAGACAGAUUAAAAUUGCAGAGUUUUGAAAAACUAAAAAAUAGAGUGCGAGAUUGGCUCCAUUAUUACCAAAUAAUGGAAGUGUACAAUUCGGAUAAAAAAACUGGCUUCCAGGUGGAAAAAUCAAAAUUGGAAACAGAACUGUUAGAUCCCAAAACUAAGAACUUGUCAAGAAUGUAUAACUUGCUGUUGAAAUGGAAUACUCAGGAUGAAACGGUGAAAUCAACUAUGAUUAAAUGGGCACAAGAUGUAGGACAUAAUAUUAUGAUGGCUGACUGGGAACAGUUAUGGACCACAGGUAUGAAGUUUACGGCUUGUAAUGCCCUAAGAGAGAAUAUAAUGAAAAUGAUCUACAGGUGGUACAUGACAACAGUCAAGCUUGCAAAAAUAUACCAUUUGCCCGAUAAUAAAUGUUGGAAAUGUAAAGAGACUGAAGGCACAUUUUUUCACCUUUGGUGGACGUGCCCAAGGAUUAAGACAUUCUGGGAGAUGAUUUACAAUGAAAUGAAAAAGGUAUUUAAAUAUACCUUCCUGAAGAAACCAGAGGCCUUUCUCCUGGGCAUCGUCGGCCAAUUGGUGCCAAAAAAGGAUAGAACUUUUUUUAUGUAUGCCACAACAGCAGCAAGAAUACUCAUCGCGAAGUAUUGGAAGACACAAGAUCUACCCACCCGGGAAGAAUGGCAGAUGAAGGUGAUGGACUACAUGGAACUGGCGGAAAUGACUGGCAGAAUCCGAGACCAGGGAGAAGAGUUGGUGGAAGAAGAUUGGAAGAAAUUUAAAGUUUAUUUACAGAAACACUGUAAAAUUAAGGAAUGUUAGAAGGAUGUUGGAAUGAAAUAAUGCGGUUUUAGCAGAAAUGCUAUAAAGGAUUAAGAAAAAGUAGAUUGCUAAAUGGUGAAGGAGGGAAAGUAAAGUUACAUUACAUUAAGAUAAAAUAGAGGACAAAAACUGGAAAAGAUGGAAAGGAUUUGCUGAAAUAGCUAAUGGAACUAGAAUACAAAAAAGGGAGGUGUGAGGAGGUCAAGGAAAUAAGCAAAUGAAAGAUAAGUUAUGGGAAGAUUCAUUGUAUUUUUUUUCUUUUUUCUUUUGUUAUUAUUGUGAUGUGAUGUUUUGUAUUUCUUUAAUAUGCUGUUUUUAAAUUUGUUCUUUUUGUAACUCUUUAAAAUUCAAUAAAUAUUUUUUUUAAAAAAAAUAAUCCCCAGCAUCUCCCAGCAGGGCUACGAGGGUUCCGGAGACCUGCUGCCAAGCGAGUGUAGUCAAGACUCAGCUGGCUCCUCCUAAGGCAGCUGCUGUAGCUCAGUAGUAGAGCAUUUGCUUGCCAUGCAAAAGUUCCCAGGUUCAAAAGUCUGGAACCCAGGAGAGCCACUGCCAGUCAGUGCAAGGAGUAUAUGGGCCAAUGCUCUUACUCAAAGUAAGGCAGCCUCCUUUGCAUAUGUGGUGGUGAGAUUUUGGUAGGCAACAUGAGGAUAGUUGCGUGUUGUGGUGGUACAUCAGGAAUGCAUUUUAAGCCCAUGACUGAUCUCCAUCCAAACUGAUGGAGUGGUUCAUGUAAAAUUAUGGGGUUUGCCUGGACUUCUGGGGUGCGUGUGUGCUUAGCCCUCCAAACCCCGUUGGUUUCGGGUGUUUUAGGUGUAUAAAAUUAUUUGAAGUGCAUAGAAAGUGGAUAGAGAGAUGUUCUCUCUCUCUGAUGCAGCACGACAGCUCAGGACCAUCCAAUGAAGCUGAAUGUUUGCAGGUGCAGGACAGACAAAGGGAAACAACAGAAUUCUGCUCCACAAGACGUAGUGAAGGCCAUCAACUUGGACAGUUUUUAAAGGGGCUUAGACAAAUCCACAAAUGGUUGUUUUAUUUGUUGUUACAUAUGUGCCCUUCCUUUCCUCCAAGGGGCACAAGGCAGCAUAUGUGGGUCAUCUCUUCUCCAUUUCUGUCCUCACAACAACCCUGUGAAGUGGGUUAAGCUGAGAGAUUGUGACCAGCCCAGUGAGCUUCAUGGCUGUGUGGGGAACCAAACUCCAAACACUGCCUCUCAAUGGCCACUAGUCAUGAGGGCUACAUGUACCACCUGCAAUAGCAGAGUCAGGAUGCCGCUGCGUGCCAUUGCUCUCCUGUCCUGCAUGGGGCUUCCUGCAGACAUCUGACUGGCCACUGUAAGCAGAAAAAGCUGGACUAGAGAGGGCUUGGGUUGGAUUCCGUUUUAGCUUUCUUUAACCCCCCUCCCCUGACCUUUGGGCAGAGCUCAUCAGGGAUGUCGACAGCAAGUGCAAUCCCAUUCUUGUGCUUACGCACUGUCAAUCUACACAUAUGCCAAACAAGUGUUUUGAAUAUGGCUCCUGGGUCGCAGAUGUGCAAAUAAUAUCUUAGCCAUUCCUUGGUUCUGUGCUCCCUCUGUUGGACAUUUCUUCUUUCUUUUUGUCUUUGCAGGGAUCUGACUUUUUUCCUUGGCUUUAUCAGGUGGAAAAAGACAAUAAGCAUUUUUAAGGCACUAGAAAAACCCACAAUGUCUUGUUUCUGUCUAUUCCUAUGCAUUAUCUAAUGGGGAAGCUACCAGCUCUCAGCCCCACCAACUGAAGAACUGGCUGUAGUUUAUCCACUGAGCAAACGGUGUUUCUGCUGUUGAUUUGGACACUUCAUUGGCGUAGUGAAUCUGGCCUAGGAAGGAAGACCCUGACCCUAGUGCAUUACGCUAUUCUACAGGCACCCCCACCCACCCCCACUCACAUGUAAUCGACUCGUGUGCGACAGCAUAUAUGCAUGGUGCUGGGAAAUAGAUUAAAUAAAUAGAAUCAUACCAGGAAAUGGCAGGGGAGGGCUGGCGAGUCCUUGUGACUCGCAAGGAGUCCCUCUCUGGAGCCCAAAGAGGACGUCAGUGAGGGCCGAGAAAGUCCCAAAGAGACCGGAGGCUCAGUGGGGCUUUGUUUGGGCUGCUCAGCCACAGCUGACAUGCGGGGCAGCGCAACAGCCGCCGCCACUGCUUUUCUACACAUCCUCCAGCCAGCCUCAGAGCUUCAGCUCUGGUUGGAGAGGGAGUUGUGUGGAGAGAUUGCUGGAGAGCAGGAAAAAACAGGCGUUGGGAGGCUGCUACCCACUUUAUGUGAUUUCACUUAUGCACAUGGGGCCCCCAGAACAUAACCCCUACAUAAGGGGGAGGGACUCCUACAUUUCCUUCACUCUGCAAACAUACACAGAACCACUAUGACAAAUAAAUAAAUAAACAUACACAGAACCACUAUGACAAAUAAAUAAAUAAAUAAACAUACACAGAACCACUAUGACAAAUAAAUAAAUAAAUAAACAUACACAGAACCACUAUGACAAAUAAAUUAUGGCACAAGCCAAGACAGCCAGCGGGCUUCUUUGCUCUUUGGGGCUGGGGGGGGGAUAAUAUUUUUUUUCUUGAUUUCCCCCUCUAAAAACUAGGUGCGCCUUAUGGUCCGGUGCGCCUUAUGGAGUGAAAAGUACGGUAUCUGAAACAAAACUACAAGCAGGCUCUUCUAAUAGUCUUAUGGGGUGUCAGAAAGAGAGAGUUUUUUGAGUAGGCACCUACUCAGAGGAUGGAGCAACUUUGCUUCAGCUGCAGAGCAGGCACAAGUCAAAUGUCAUUCGCUGAAGCCUAGGGAGCAGGCAGGGGACACAGGACAAAACAUUACCUCCACCUCAUCCUGCCCAGCCCAAGCUGCUACUACAGAGUACAGGAUCUGGAGCAACUUGUCCCCCAAUCACAGCAGGGUGACUGUAUAUAACACACACACCCCGCCACCACCGCUGCCCCAAAGGAGGGAGGACAUCAGGUGGACAACUCUGGGCCCAUCGUCUUCCACAAACUGCUGCCUCCAAAACAUCUGAGGAUGCCGGCUUGGGAAAGGCUGACUCAUCUUGGGAUAGGCUGUGCAGCGUGUGGGACUGUGUCUCUAGUACCUUUCAAGAGUGUUUAUAGAUCACUUCCCACCAAUGUUUGGAAUGAACUAAGACAGAUUAACAAAUCUAAUGAAUUAAUUCUGAAAUCUUUGAAUAACACCUGAAAGCAGCUCUUAUUUCUGAGUGAACCGGGUGUGAAUUAAGUUCUUUUUGGGUGGAACUUUGGGCAGUUUCUGAAUUAGUUUGACCUUUAUUCAACACUGGCAGUGGGACAAUUUUUUGCCCUGCACCUGAAGGCAGACAAUGGGUUUAGGGGGCCAAACACCACACAUGGCUGCUGCUCUCCAGCCCCACGGCCCUAGCACCCGCUUCCAGAAGCAGAUGCCUAAUGACAGGGCAGCCCGGGGGAGCCUGGCUUCACAACUGAACACCCAUCACAACACCCAUCAGCAAAUCAAAGGCCACCUCAGUUGUCCCAUGCAACUCAAGUUCACUGGGUGACCUUGGGCCACUCUGACUGCCUCAGCCUAACGGACCUCACAGGGUUGUUGGCAGGACAAAACGGGGUGAAAUAUGUGUGUCACCUUGAGCUCCUUAGAGGAAAGUUGGGAUGGAAAAGUAAAAAUAAGCGACUUCCGGUUUACCGCGAAGCUGAGCGCAAGCGGGAUUCAGCCUUUAGGGGAGAAUCCAGCUUUUCGGGGGGAAAUGGGGGCUUUGCAAGGGCGCCGCAAGCCCCUCAAAAGCUCAGGAGGAAGAUCCUGAGGGCAGGUUCCUAGCUAGCUGAGAAGCGAUCUCUCCGCUGCCUGAAAAGCUCCUUUUAGGAGCAGAAAGAGCGGCGAGAUCAAGACGCUGGCGCGGGACGCCAUUUUCUAGCCUUGAGAAGCACAGCCUCAAGCUUACCCGGCACAGCGGUAGAUUCAGAAACAGUAACAAAUCCGGAUUUAAUUGGUGGAAAAAGCUAAAAAUAACGAUUAACAACGAUUCAGAAGCAGCGGGAUGGUAAAAAGGAGGUCAGCCCUGACUGGGAUCUUAUUUAUAUGCAAGAAAUACCCACACAACAAAAAAACAGGGAGUUGUCCUACAGCGGAAUAUUUAAUAUAAACACUUUACUUUAUUUAAGACUGUGCAUUAAGCAAAGGAGGGGGGUGAAAGCCCUUAUUAAGGGGAUUGUUUGCCUUUUUUGUGAAUUUCUGGGACUGCAGGAGGAGAGUCUUCCGGGAAAUUUAUUACUUUCGUUUUAAGAGAACUGCGUAGUCAAUUGUUAAGAAGCCUCGUGGUGGAACUUUUUAUUUUUAUUUUUUUAUAUGCCAAAAGCAGCAUUCUGAGAAACUGCCAAGCCCAAUUUGGAAAAGAAAUAUUUGCUAUAUAUUUGGUGUUUUGUAUUGUUUUAUUUUAUUUGGAGGAAAGCCGAGCAGGGAGAGGAAAUUGUUUACCCACUCCCCCCCCCCCCCCGCUUCUGAGUUAGUUGACGUGGAUGUUGGAGUAGAAGGACCUUGAUUUAUUAUUUUUUCCUUUUAUGGUGCCGGAUUGUGCUCUCUGGGAUGGAUUAAAUCUGUUUUUGCUUUUGAAAAUCUCUGGCUCUGCUGCUUUGGAGAAGGGAAAUAAGUAGACUUUUUUGUUUUUGUUUUUUUCCUUCUCCCCCCCCCCCCACUCUUUUUUGGAUUUAUUUUGGACUUACCUUUUCCUUUUUUCUAUUUUUAUUUUUGUUUUUCUCAUUUGUCCUUUUUUUCCUGGGAAUAGCGGAUUAAAAUUUGGCUUGUUUUGUUUUGUUUUUAUAAGAUAUUUAUUAAAGUUUCAAAAAUAAAAGAGAGUUACAAUAGUAAUAAUAAGAAAGAAGGAAAAAAGUAAGAAGAAAAUACAAAAUACAAAAAAAAUACAAAAAAAGUAAAAACAAUUAAAAACAAAUCAAUCUUUCCAUAUCUUAUCUUUCACUCACUUGUUUCCCUGACCUCCUCACACCUCCCUUUUUUUGUAUUCCAGUUCAGUAAGUUAAUUCAGCAAAUCCUUUCCCUCUUUGUUUUUAUCUUAAACCUUUGUCUUAAUAUAUAAUAAUUGUAUAUUCUCAUCUGUUAACAGUCCAUUUUUACAUACUCCUUGUAGCAUUACUACUAAAAACCCCUUAGCUUCAUUCCAACAUCAUCCUAACAUUCAUUAAUUUUACAGUAUUUCUGUAGAUAGUCUUUAAAUUUCUUCCAAUCUUCUUCCACCGACUCUUCUCCCUGGUCUCGGAUUCUGCCAGUCAUUUCCGCCAGUUCCAUAUAAUCCAUCACCUUCAUCUGCCAUUCUUCCAGGGUGGGUAGAUCUUGUGUCUUCCAGUACUUUGCAAUAAGAAUUCUUGCUGCUGUUGUGGCAUACAUAAAGAAAGUUCUAUCCUUCUUUGGCACCAAUUGACCGACUAUGCCCAGGAGAAAGGCCUUUGGUUUCUUCAGGAAGGUAUAUUUAAAUACCUUUUUCAUUUCAUUAUAGAUCAUCUCCCAGAAAGCCUUAAUCCUUGGGCACGUCCACCAAAGGUGAAAGAAUGUACCCUCAGUUUCUUUACAUUUCCAACAUUUAUUAUCGGGCAAAUGAUAAAUUUUUGCAAGCUUGACUAGUGUCAUGUACCACCUGUAUAUCAUUUUCAUAAUAUUCUCUCUUAGGGCAUUACAUGCCGUGAACUUCAUACCUGUGGUCCAUAACUGUUCCCAGUCAGCCAUCAUAAUGUCCAACAUCUUGUGCCCAUUUAAUCAUAACAGAUUUCACUGUUUCAUCUUGAGUAUUCCAUUUCAACAGCAAGUUAUACAUUCUUGACAAGUUCUUAGUUUUGGGAUCUAACAGUUCUGUUUCCAAUUUUGAUUUUUCCAGCUGGAAGCCAAUUUUCUUGUCCAGAUUGUAUGCCUCCAUUAUCUGAUAAUAAUGAAGCCAAUCUCGCACUUUAUUUUUUAGUUUUUCAAAGCUCUGCAAUUUCAAUUUAUCUCCCUCUUGUUCCAGAAUUUCCCAAUAUUUCGGCCAUUAGGCCUCCAUAUUGAGCUUUUUCAGAGCCUUCGCUUCCAUUGGUGACAGCCAUCUUGGAGUUUUAUUUUCAAGUAGAUCCUUAUAUCUUGUCCAGACAUUAAACAAUGCUUUCCUGACAAUAUGGUUUUUAAAUGCUUUAUGUGCUUUGACCUUAUCAUACCACAAAUAUGCAUGCCACCCAAAUACAUUGUUAAAACCUUCUUGUGUUUUCAAGAAGCAGCUAUUCUCUCGGCCAACAGAAUGCGGCUGAUUCAUAGUAAAGUUUAAGGUCUGGCAGGGCAAAUCCACCUCUUUCUUUUGCAUCCGUUAGUAUUUUGAAUUUUAAUCUGGGCUUCUUGCCCUGCCAGACAAAUCUGGAAAUGUCUCUCUGCCACUUCUUGAAACAGUCCAUUUUGUCCACAAUUUGCAGUGUUUGAAACAAAAACAACAUUCUUGGCAAUACAUUCAUCUUUAUCGCAGCGAUACGGCCUAGCAGUGAAAGCUUCAAAUUUGACCAUAUUUCUAAAUCUUUUUUCACUUGAGUCCAACAUUUUUCAUAGUUAUCCUUAAAUAAAUUCACAUUUUUAGCAGUCAUGUUAACCCCCAAAUAUUUCACUUUCUUAACCAGUGUUAAUCCUGUCUCCUUCUGAAACCUCUCUCUCUCAAUUGCUGUUAAAUUUUUCUCUAAAACCUUAGUUUUUAACUUAUUCAACUUAAAUCCUGCAACCUGACCAAAUUCUUGAAUCAGUUCUAUAACUCUUUUAGUACUAGAUUCUGGCUCCUGUAAUGUCAAUACUAAGUCAUCAGCAAAUGCUUUCAAUUUAUACUGUUUAGCUCCGACUUGUAUACCCUUAACCAAUUGGUCCCUUCUAAUCAUAUUUAAAAGUACCUCUAGGACCGGGCUUGUUUUGUUUUGUUGGAAUUUUGAUUAAAGGAUUGGAUUGGAUUGGCCAGGCAAGAGGUGGAAGAAUAUUUUUACUCUCUUUUUUGGUUUUGUUUCCUUUUGUUGUCUCUAUUUUUGGUCUCCCUGAUUGUUUUUUCUGUUGCUCUUCUUUUUAAUAUUAUUAUUAUUUGUUUAUACUACUUGAUUACUUUAUCAGGACAUUACACAGGAUUAGCCAAACAUGAGGCAGGGGGAAAAAAUUUAAUUGUUUAUUUUAAAGAAAUUUGGUGCUCCAAAGAUUGCUAAUAUAGUGGAUUGGCCAGUCAAGAAGCAGAAGGGUAUUAAUUUAAAUUUUUGGGUGACACAUAGUGGCAGGAAGAAGAGAAAUAAUGGAAAAGAAACAGAAAAAAAGAGGAGAAAGUGGGACAUCUUUGGAAAGAAGAGGAUCAAAACAGGAAACUGAAUUUAAGGGAGACAUUUUAAAAAUGUUUACAGAAAUUAAAAAAGACAUUAAACAAAGUGAGAAGAAUUUGGAGAUGAGAUUAGAAUUGAUGGACAAAAAAUACGAUAUGACAGUUAAUGAACUGAAGGGACAGAUGAAGGAAAUUGUGAUGGCCUGGGAAUCUGAUUCAGAGGCUGAACCAGAGGAAUCCCAGCCUGCACAGGAGUCCCCGCCUCCAGGGCCGGCUGAGCUGGGCAGGGCCUUGAAUCUGAAGCGCCUGCACCUGUGCCGGAUCCUCAGGAGCAGACACCAGAUGAAUCCACUCUGGCUCCGGAGGUGAUUGAGGACCCAUUGCCUACAGGUGUGCCUCUCCCAGCCCUGUCAGGGGAAGGUGAGCCUCCCCCUGGGUCCAGUAGCCCUCCAGCCUCUCCUGAGCUGCAGAGGCUCAGGGCAGAGAGGCGGAGGGAACUGGUUUCUCUCAGGAGGAGUGCUCGCCUUAAGGCCAGGAGAGGCGGGUCACCUGUGGGCCGGGACCGCCCCUGGCCUCAGAGAAGAUAAAGGCCAGUCAGCCCGGUCCCAGGUUGCGGGAGCAACGACGUUGGAAACCUGUUUCUGCCAGCACCCAGACCUGUCUUUCCGGAGUUCCCGACCACGCCCGGCUUUUGCUUUGAACCCAGCUUCCCCCUUGGUGGACAGUCUCCAGACCCUCAGCCCAGGACUGGACAUUGACCACACCUCACGGUAAACCCCCCCCCCCGGGACCAGCACAGAAAUAACAAAAUGAACACAAAGCCUGGAAGAAGGAAUGAAACGAACAAAACAAGAAGUAAAAGAAAUAAGAAAAGAGGAAGAAAGGGUCAAGGGAGAAGUUUCAGAAAUUAACAAAACACAAGAGGAAUUGUGGGACGCGAUUGCUAUGAAUGAAUUGAGGCAAAGAGAAUUAAAUUUGAGAUUGAGAUCUGUGCCUGAAGUACAAGGAGAGAAUAUCUUGGAGAAAUUAAUACUGGAGAUUGCACAAUGGUUAAGUAUGAAAGUGGAAGACAUCAGAAAGACAAUUCAGUAUGCUUUUAGAAUUAAAACAAGGACUGUCAAAGCAAAGAAAUUUCCAGGAGAUUGUUUGAUUAUAUUUAAAGAUAGAGAAAUGAGGAAUUUGAUUUUACAGAAAAAUAGAGAAAAAAGGCUUUGCAUUGAUGGAGCUUUUAUAAUCAUUUUUAAAGACGUCCCACUUCGUUUGUUGAAAAAACGUGAUCAAUACAAACCAUUGACACAGACAUUAAGGAAAAAUGGAAUUGAAUUUAAGUGGGAAUUUCCAGAAGGGAUCUCCUUUUACCAUAAAGGAAAAAAGUUCAAAUUUACAAGCGUUGAUGAAACACACAAAUUUCUGAGAAGAUACAAAGAGUUGGGGAAAGGGGAGGAAGCAACAGUGGCAGGAGCAGCAGGACCGGCAGGACUGGAAGAAGAAGAAAAGGAUAGUAAAGAAGAAGAAGAAGAGGAGGAGGAAGAAGGACAAGUUUAAGACUUUUCUAUUUUUAUUGGUAAAGGGAACACAAAAUGGCACUGAAAUUAUGGCAUGGAAUGUUAAUGGAAUUAACAAUAAAAAGAAAAGACAUAAAAUUGAACAUUUCCUUUAAAAAAAGAAUUUGGAUAUCAUUUGUCUACAAGAAACUCAUGUGGCGAGAAAACAUAGAAGAGUAUUGAUUAAUAAAAAAUUGGGAAAUGAAUUUGUUUCAUUAGACGGAAGCAGGAAAAGAGGAGUGGUUUUGUAUAUUAAAAAUAAAUUUGAGGCUCGGCAAAUUUUUAAAGAUGAAGAAGGUAGAAUAAUUGCGGUACAAGUCACAUGGCAAGGCAAAAAACUGAUAAUAGUCGGAGUGUAUGCACCAAAUGGAAGUAAGACUGAAUUUUAUAAGGAUUUAGAAGAAAAAUUAUUUGAAUUUGUGGAUCAGAAAAUUAUAAUAAUGGGUGAUAUGAAUGGAGUGGUUUCAAUGGAAAUGGACAGGCUGAGGUCAAGAGAAAAAUCGAAGGAAGGAAAACUACCGAAGACAUUUUUUUCCAAUGAUUGAGAACUGUAAUUUGGUAGAUGUUUGGAGAUUAAGACACCCAUUAGAAAAACAAUUUACUUAUUUUUCAGAACCAAAUAAAUCAAUGUCAAGAAUACUAUAUUUGGAUAUCCAGUGAGUUAAUGCCAAGAGUGACAAAAUAGAAAUACAACCAAAAAUACCUUUGGAUCAUAAUGCAAUAAAAUGUGAAUUAAAAGAAAUGGAGGAAAAAACCUUUCGAUGGAGAUUAAAUGAGAAUUUAUUGGAUGACCAAAAAACAAAUGAGAAAGCGCAGAAGAAUUUGAUGGAAUAUUUUGUGAAUAAUAGUAAUAAUGGAACAAAAAUGAGUGUGGUAUGGGAUGCUAGUAAAGCAGUAAUGCAAGGCUUUUUUAUACAGUAGAAUACUAUUAGAAAUAAAUUUAGAGAAAAAGGAAAGAAAGAAAUAUUAAAACAAAAAAUGGAAAAUGAGAAGAAAUUAGUUAAAAACCCAAACAAUGUGAAAAUAAAACAGAGCAUUAAAAUACUGCAAAGUCAAUUCACAAUGAUAAAUCGAGAAGUAGAAUGGAAUAUUAAAAGAAUGUGACAAAAGAAUUUUGAAUAUGCUAAUAAAUCUGGAAAAUGGCUGGCAUGGCAGAUUAAAAAGAGAAAGGAACAGAACACAAUCAAUAAGAUUAUAAUGGAAGGAAAAGAAGUAGACAAUCCGAAAGAAAUUAGAAAAAGAUUUGUGAACUUUUACAGACACUUAUAUAAAAGAGCUAGAAAAAACGACGUUAAAAAAAUAGAUUUCUUGAGACAGAAAGGGGUGCAAAAAAUUUCGUCAGAAAAGAAAGACAGACUGAAUGACCUAAUUGAAACAGAAGAAAUUAAAUUUGCUAUAAAAGAAUUGAAAAGUGGAAAGACACCGGGACCGGAUGGAUUUACAGCAAAAUAUUAUAAAGAAAUGAAACACGCCCUACUUGUACCGUUGAAAGAAGUUGUGAAUAGUAUAUUAAGAAAGGGAGAAUUACCAGAAACAUGGAAAGAAGCAUAUAUUACUUUAAUACCGAAACAAGACUCGGAUUUAACACAAGUAAAGAACUAUAGUCCGAUUUCGCUGUUAAAUAAUGAUUACAAACUAUUUGCAAGUAUACUAGCAAACAGAUUGAAAAAAAUAUUGAAUGAGAUAAUUCAUAAGGAUCAAGCAGGCUUUUUACCUGGCAGACAGAUGAAAGAUAACAUAAGGAAUAUAGUUAAUAUAAUUGAAUAUCUGACUGCCAGAAAUGAAAAGCAAGUGAUGUCAAUUUUUGUGGAUGCGGAAAAGGCCUUUGAUAAUAUAUCUUGGGAAUUUAUGUUAAAGAAUUUGGAACUAAUGGAUACUGGACAAUUCUUUCUAAAAGGAAUAAAAGCUAUAUAUUCAGGACAGAGAGCAAAAUUGAUUCUCAAGUACCGCACAAUUGCACUCAUUUCACACGCUAGCAAGGUUAUGCUUAAAAUUCUACAAGGCAGGCUUAAGCACUAUGUGGACCGAGAACUCCAAGAAGUGCAAGCUAGAUUUCGAAGGGGCAGAGGAACCAGGGGCCAAAUUGCAAACAUGCACUGGAUUAUGGAGAAAGCUAGAGAGUUCCAGAAAGACAUCUACUUCUGCUUCAUUGACUAUGCAAAAGCCUUUGAGUGUAUUGACCACAGCAAACUAUGGCAAGUUCUUAAAGAAAUGGGAGUGCCUGAUCACCUCAUCUGUCUCCUGAGAAAUCUCUAUGUGGGACAAGAAACUACAGUUAGAACUAGAUAUGGAACAACUGAUUGGUUCAAAAUUGGGAAAGGAGUACGACAAGGCUGUAUAUUGUCUCCCUGCUUAUUUAACUUAUAUGCAGAAUUCAUCAUGUGAAAGGCUGGGCUGGAUGAAUCCCAAACUGGAAUUAAGAUCGCUGGAAGAAAUAUCAACAACCUCAGAUAUGCAGAUGACACAACCUUGAUGGCAGAAAGUGAGGAGGAAUUAAAGAACCUUUUAAUGAGGGUGAAAGAGGAGAGCGCAAAAUAUGGUCUGAAGCGCAACAUCAAAAAAACGAAGAUCAUGGCCACUGGGCCCAUCACCUCCUGGCAAAUAGAAGGGGAAGAAAUGGAGGCAGUGAGAGAUUUUACUUUCUUGGGCUCCAUAAUCACUGGAGAUGGUGACAGCGGUCACGAAAUUAAAAGACGCCUGCUUCUUGGGAGAAAGGCAAUGGCAAACCUAGACAGCAUCUUAAAAAGCAGAGACAUCACCUUGCCAACAAAGGUCCGUAUAGUUAAAGCCAUGGUUUUCCCAGUAGUGAUGUAUGGAAGUGAGAGCUGGACCAUAAAGAAGGCUAAUCGUCGAAAAAUUGAUGUUUUGAAUUAUGGUGCUGGCGGAGACUCUUGAGAGUCCCAUGGAUUGCAAGAAGAUCAAACGUAUCCAUUCUGAAGGAAAUCAGCCCUGAGUGAUCACUGGAAGGACAGAUCGUGAAGCUGAGGCUCCAAGACUUUGGCCACCUCAUGAGAAGAGAAGACUCCCUGGAAAAGACCCUGAUGUUGGGAAAGAUUGAGGGCACAAGGAGAAGGGGACGACAGAGGACGAGAUGGUGGGACAGUGUUCUCGAAGCUACAAACAUGAGUCUGACCAAACUGCGGGAGGCAGUGGAAGACAGGAUUGCCUGGCGUGCUCUGGUCCAUGGGGUCACGAAGAGUUGGACACGACUAAACAACUAAACAACAACAGUCGGUCAGAAUGAGUAUAAAGUGAAAGCCUUUGCCGAUGACUUGGUACUAACAAUAGAAGAUCCAGUUACAAGUGCAAAAGUAUUAGAGGAGAUAGAACAAUUUGGGCAAGUGGCAGGUUUUAAAUUGAACAAAAAGAAAACUAAAAUGAUAAUAAAAAAUAUGAAACAGGACCUGGUGGAAGUGUUGCAGCAACAAAUUGGUAUAGAAGCAUUUUUAAAAGUUAAAUAUUUAGGAAUUUGGUUAACUUCAAAAAAUAUCGAUCUUUUCCAAAAUAAUUAUACACCGGUGUGGAAUGAAAUUAAAAGAGACUUGGAAAUAUGGGGAAGGAUGAAAUUGUCAUUUUGGGGAAGGAUUUCUGCUAUUAAAAUGAAUGUGCUACCAAAGAUGUUAUUUUUGUUUCAGACAAUUCCAAUAAUCAACGGGGCAACAAUUUUUAAAGAGUGGCAAAAAACAAUUUCAAGAUAUAUCUGGCAGGGAAAGAAGGCGAGAAUACAGUAUAAGUUGCUAACAGAUGUUAAAGAAAGAGGAGGCUUCGCCCUGCCAGAUUUGAAAUUGUAUUACGAAGCAUCUUGCCUCUGCUGGUUAAAGGAAUGGAUGUUAUUAGAAAAUACAGAUUUGUUAGACUUGGAAGGUUAUGGUAACAGAUUUGGUUGGCAUGCAUAUUUAUGGUAUAAUAAAACAGAAGUCCAUAGAGGGUUUGGAAAUCACAUAUUUUGAAGAUCUCUAAUAGAAAUAUGGGAUAGGUAUAAAAACCUAUUGGAACGUAAAACACUGCAUUGGUUAUCUCCUUUAGAAGCAAUGAGCGUGAAAAAGAUCAAUGUGUGUGGGAAAGGGAUAACUUAUGGGAAAUUAAUACAAAAAGAAGGAAGUAAGUGGAAGAUGAAGCCAUAUGAGGAAAUUAAAGAAUAUGUGAAUGAUUGGCUGCACUACCAUCAGGUCAAUGAAAUGUUUAAACAGGAUUUUAAAGAAAAAGGAUUUGAUGAAAAUAAAUCAAAGUUUGAAGUAGAGAUAUUAAGUAAUAACUGUAAAAUUUUGUCUAAAAUGUAUAAAUUGCUGCUUGAAUGGCAUUUGAAGGAUGAGGAGGUAAAGUUGGUUAUGAUUCAUUGGGCUAAAGAUUUUGGGUAUAACAUACAGUUGAGUGAUUGGGAAAAAUUAUGGAAAGAAGGUUUAAAAUUUACUGCAUGCAAUGCCUUAAAAGAAAAUGUGAUGAAAAUGAUGUAUAGGUGGUAUAUUACACCCGUUAAAUUAGCUAAAAUGUAUAAAGUUAGUAAUAAAUGUUGGAAAUGUAAAGAAAAAGAAGGAACAUUUUAUCAUAUGUGGUGGGAAUGUAAAAAGGUGAAAAACUUAUGGGAAAUGAUAUAUAAUGAGAUAAAAAAUUUUUUACUGGGCAUUGUAGGAAGUGAUAUAAAUAGAAAAGAUUUCAAGCUGUUUUCACAUGCAACGACGGCAUUAAGAAUACUAUUGGCACAAAAAUGGAAGCAAGAAGAAUUACCGACCAAAGAAGAAUGGAGGAUGAAAUUGAUGGACUAUGCAGAAUUUGAAUUAGGAAGAAUCUGAAAUCUGCGGGACCAGAGAUUCACAGAAUACUGGAGUAAAUUUACAGACUAUUUGAAAAGUAAUUGUGAUGAUCAGAUUACGUUUGUAGGUUUGCAAGAAGUUUUGUGAGCUGAAUUAUUUGAACUAUUGCAAAAAUGGAUAAAUGGGAGGAUGGUUAGUUAAGACAAUUAAAGGCAAUAUGAAUUUAAGAAAUGCAGAAGAAGUGACAAGAAUGGUGGAUCAUCAGAGGUGCUGAUGGAAGUCCAAAAAUAGAUGGUAUAAGAUGUGAAGUUUUGUGGUAUGUAUUAUAAUUUAUAUGUUAAAAUUAAUAAAAAAUUAUUUUAAAAAAAAGGAAAUGUAAAAAUAAAUAAAUAAAAUGAGUUUAUCCCAUUCAUUGCCAGAUUAAUUUAAGGAGGGGAGUUGCAUGUGUGUAAGUGUUUUUAAAAUGCAAAACUGCUCCACAGAUUGGGCAGGGCAGGUUUUUGGGGAAUUUCACAAACAGGCCAGCCAACCUGCCAUGUGGACAGGCAAGUUGAGCCACUGCUGUUUCUGGGACAGAGGGCGGGGAUUGAACUGAGUGAGGAUCUUCCCACACACACAUCCAAUUAUAUCUGCCUUGGCAGGUUUUUCCUUUCUAGAAGGAACCACUAGGUGGCUCUGCUCUGCUCUAAAGGUAAAGGGACCCCUGACUAUUAAGUCCAGUCACGGACGACUCUGGGGUUGUGGCGCUCAUGUCGCUUUACUGGCCGAGGGAGCUGGCGUACAGCUUCCGGGUCAUGUGGCCAGCAUGACUAAGCCACUUCUGGCGAAACCAGAGCAGAUCAUCAGGGGGUUGGGCUGGGUGUUCACCACUGUGUGUACCCAGCCCUACGUCUCUUUCAAAUCAGAACCAGUGAAGGUUCCCAGCAGAUGUCAACCAAAGUGGCAGCCCCUUUGCCCUAUGGAGACCAACACAUAGGAAACCAACUGAGCUCGUGGCCCUUUGCAGUUCAGCUUAGCAGAGAUCACAGUAACCAAAAUAACUGCCACGCUCUCGUGAUAAAAACAGGAAGAAGGCAUCCUGGAUUUUGACUUCAAAGUGUUGGAGGGUAUGAUAAGGCAGCUUUCUAUGUUCUUAUGUUUGCAGCCCAGACAGCAAGUGGUCCUUCGUGAGCAUUUCUGGGUCCUAACAAACAAAAGUAUUUCACUGCACCUGCGUUUUUAUCUAUUUGGACUCUGGGCUGUUUUUAUCCCCUCAGCCUUCACUGGUAUCUUUAUCCACAUAAAAAUACUCCCUGCAUUUUCCUGUGGUCAGCUGCAGGUUGUAAUUUAGGUGUGUAUUUAUGGUCCAUGAACAAAGCUAUUUAAAGCCCUGCUAACUGCAAUCUGGUCUUUAGCAAAGACAAACAAAGAUGCAGGUGAAGUAGCCUAUGGGCCCCCCUCCUGCCCUUGUCUGUGCUGGAGGGUGAGGGUCCCCAGGAUGGGUGAAAAAAGAAGCAGAGGUCAAAAAAGCCAGUGUGGACAGGCACCUGCGGAGAGAGCACAUCCGCCAUCCUGGUCUGGCACCUUCGCCAUGGAACACAGUGGCAAAGAGCCCAGCUGGUCCCCAGAUGCUACAAGGUGCAUCAGUCCCAGGCAACUUGUGUACAGUACAGUGGUGCCCCGCAAGACGAAUGCCUCGCAAGACGAAAAACUCGCUAGACGAAAGAGUUUUCCGUUUUUUGAGUCGUUCCGCAAGUCGAAUUUCCCUAUGGGCUUGCUUCGCAAGACGAAACGUCUUGCGAGUUCUUGUGAGUUUGUUUCCUUUUUCUUAAAGCCGCUAAGCCGUUAAUAGCUGCUAAGACGCUAAGACGCUAAUAGCCGCUAAGCCGCUAAGCCGCUAAUAGCCGUGCUUCGCAAGACGAAAAAACCGCAAGACGAAGAGACUCGCGGAAUGGAUUAAUUUCGUCUUGCGAGGCACCACUGUAUCUGUUUAUACUGUUUCAACCUGUCUUGUCUAUUUCUCUCUGGCUGCAGUUGAAUAAAUCCAUUGAUUGGAUUAAUUCAAUACUGGCUCGUAUCCAACUAAAUUGUGCUCAGGAUAAAAAGGUAAAGUAAAGGACCCCUGACAGUUAAGUGCAGUUGCGAACGACUCUGGGGUUGUGGCGCUCAUCUCGCUUUACUGGCCGAAGGAGCCGGCGUUUGUCCACAGACAGUUUUUCCGGGUCAUGUGGCCAGCAUGACUAAGGUGCUUCUGGCAAAACCAGAGCAGCACACGGAAACGCCAUUUACCUUCUCGCUGGAGCGGUACCUAUUUAUCUACUUGCACUUUGACAUGCUUUCGAACUGCUAGGUGGGCAGAAGGAGGGACUGAACAACGGGAGCUCACCCCAUUGCGGGGAGUCAAACCGCUGUUUGGGUAUCUUCGUGUAACUUCACUGACACCGGGGGUCUUAGUGCUGACCUGUUCCUGACUCUGGCUCCUGACAUAGAUUCAGGAAUCCUGACACUGGGGCCAGGAGUGGGGAGCCUCAGCCCCAGGGACUGAAUGUGGCCCCCCAGGCAUCUUUCUCUGGUCCUUGGGACUCACCCCAAGCCACAGCCUGCCCCCAUACACCCUCCAUGAUGACUUUUGCCUACCUACCCGGCAUCCUUGAGCCUGCCUGGGGGGAGAGACAGGCUGACUGCACCAAGGGAAGUGUAUGUUCUCUGCUCCAUUAAGCUUUGCCUCUGACCUUGUGCACUGCAGGGAUGUGGCCCCCAGAAGGUUUCUUAGAAAAGAAUGUGGCCCUUGAACUGCAAAAGGCACCCCAUUGCUCUCUUAACCUAAAGGAGGCAAUUGUAGUCCUUUUUUUAAAAAAGGAAAAGGAAACAAUCUGUGCAAGCUCUCGAAAGUUCUCUGGUGGAGAGGCCUCCUGUUCUCGCUGCAGCGCAAGUGUGCAUUUUAACAGCAUGACAGGAGUGGGGCUGUUACUGGAGCAGGCAGGAAAGGGGGAGAACAUGCCCAAUCCAACCUGGGUUUCCGUUUGCAAGGCUGAAAUCCAAGGAUUCUCAAGCCCCACUGCCAAGUCCUGAGACUCAGCCCAGGCUGUCUGGCUGGGGGAUCCCCAGGGCACUGUCAAGUUCCUUUUGCCAAAGAUUACAAAACAUCCUUUUCCUCUGACCAGAAGCUUUGCUCCCUCGCACUCUGACAGAUACCCCCAUCCCGUCCCUCCCUGCCUUGGUUCGUCCCCUUCCUUCCUCAAAGCUCCUCCGGCUUCGUCUUCCUACUUCGUGGUUGUUUCUUAAGAUGCAAGGAGCAAAGGACUUUGCAGCUGGAGGAAGGUAGGAUGCAAUCAGAAGAGGGGGGUGAGGGGGCAGCCACACAGAGCUUGGCUGUUGCUUCAGACCAAGGAGGGAAAGAGCAGGGGGAGGAAAGGGACUUUCUGCACAGCACACACAUAAAACGGGCAGGGACCCCCACCCCACCCCCGCUAAUCCUGGUGACUGCAAGCAGAGCAGAGAGGCUGGCAUGUCUCUAAGUUGCCAGGCAGUCCAUCAAAUAAAUUAUUAUUUGUGUGUAUCACAAAUGAUUUGUUUGAUGGACUGUGUCUGAUAGCUUAGGGACAUGAUGUGUACCUCAUAUGCUCUUUUUUUGGUGACGUGAUUGCACUCUCCCCCUCUCCCCCUCUCCCCCUCUCCCUCCCUCUCUGCAAUGACUUUCCUAGGCUAUGUAGUGAGUAGUGCCCAUUGAGAUUGGCAGGGCAGAAAGCAGGGCGAUCCAGGAUGGGCAGAGGCAGAGUCAAUGCAUUCUAGUCAAUGCAUUCGAGAGCCAGUGUGGUGUAGUGGUUAAGAGCGGUAGUCUCGUAAUCUGGGGAACCAGGUUCGCGUCUCCGCUCCUCCACAUGCAGCUGCUGGGUGACCUUGGGCCAGUCACACUUCUCUGAAGUCUCUCAGCCCCACUCACCUCACAGAGUGUUUGUUGUGGGGGAGGAAGGGAAAGGAGAAUGUUGGCCGCUUUGAGACUCCUGAAGGGGAGUGAAAGGCGGGAUAUCAAAUCCAAACUCUUCUUCUUCUUCUUCUUCACACACACACACACACAUCCUCUUGCAAUUCUGGUUGUAACCAGCAAAGUAGGCAGGUGGGAGCAACUGAGGUUGGUGGGCAGUUCCCUAUUUGCCUUAAUGGAGCAGCCUCCACUGUGUAGUGCAUGGGACCUUAAAGUUCAUGUACAGGUAUUUCCAUGUGUGCACUUUGCAGUCAAGAUGUACAGGCCCAGAGGUUUAGCUUCUAGAGCAGACGUCAUCAACUGGGUGCUCUCCAGAUGUUUCUUCACAAUUCCCAUCAGCCACAGCCUGUCAAAAACAUCUGGAGGGCACCAGGUUGAUAAAGUCUGUUCUACAGAAACUGGGUAGAAAGCUCAACUCCAAAGAAUGAUAACUCUAGUAACACUUGCAAACCAUUUUUGCAAGGCAUUCCUCAAGGACAAAAAUAGGGACAAAAUAGAGGCAGCUAUUUUUCCAACAAUGUGUUCCAUAAAAUAGAGACCAUGGUAAAUAAGGACAGCUGGAAUGUCUGGAAUGCAUCAACCAUGGAGAUGAGUUGUGUGCUAGAGUUCAUAGAAUCAUAGAAUCAUAGAGUUGGAAGAGACCACAAGGGCCAUUGAGUCCAACCCCCUGCCAAGCAGGAAACACCAUCAGAGCACUCCUGACAUAUGGUUGUCAAGCCUCUGCUUAAAGACCUCCAAAGAAGGAGACUCCACCACACUCCUUGGCAGCAAAUUCCACUGUCGAACAGCUCUUACUGUCAGGAAGUUCUUCCUAAUGUUUAGGUGGAAUCUUCUUUCUUGUAGUUUGGAUCCAUUGCUCCGUGUCCGCUUCUCUGGAGCAGCAGAAAACAACCUUUCUCCCUCCUCUAUGUGACAUCCUUUUAUAUAUUUGAACAUGGCUAUCAUAUCACCCCUUAACCUCCGCUUCUCCAGGCUAAACAUGCCCAGCUCCCUUAGCCGUUCCUCAUAAGGCAUCGUUUCCAGGCCUUUGACCAUUUUGGUUGCCCUCCUCUGGACACGUUCCAGUUUGUCAGUGUCCUUCUUGAACUGUGGUGCCCAGAACUGGACACAGUACUCCAGCUGAGGUCUGACCAGAGCAGAAUACAGUGGCACUAUUACUUCCCUUGAUCUAGAUACUAUACUCCUAUUGAUGCAGCCCAGAAUUGCAUUGGCUUUUUAGCUGCCGCGUCACACUGUUGGCUCAUGUCAAGUUUGUGGUCAACCAAGACUCCUAGAUCCUUUUCACAUGUACUGCUCUCAAGCCAGGUGUCACCCAUCUUGUAUUUGUGCCUCUCAUUUUUUUGCCCAAGUGCAAUACUUUACAUUUCUCCCUGUUAAAAUUCAUCUUGUUUGUUUUGGCCCAGUUCUCUAAUCUGUCAAGGUUGUUUUGAAGUGUGAUCCUGUCCUCUGGGGUGUUAGCCACCCCUCCCAGUUUGGUGUCAUCUGCAAAUUUGAUCAGAAUGCCCUUGAGUCCAUCAUCCAAGUCGUUGAUAAAGAUGUUGAAUAAGACCGGGCCCAAGACAGAACCCUGUGGCACCCCACUAGUCACUCUUCUCCAGGAUGAAGAGGAACCAUUGAUGAGCACCCUUUGGGUUCGGUCAGUCAGCCAGUUACAAAUCCACUUAGUGGUAGCAUAGUCAAGACCGCAUUUUACCAGCUUCUUUACAAGAAUAUCAGUGAAGAAGAGCAAUGGCUUUAAAAGAGGAUUUGACAAAUUUGAGGCAGAGAAGGCUGUCAAUGGCCGCUAGCCAGGAUGGGUCUGUCCUGCCUCCAUAGCUGGAUGGUCAUGGCUAUCAGUUGCUGGGAGAGGGUUCUUGUGCUCAGAUCCUACUUGCAGGUUUCCCAGGUGCAUCUGCUUGAUCAGUGUGAUAACAUAAUGCAGAACUAACUGUUCACUGUUGAAUAACUGCCCCACAAUUGGAUCAAAACAAUUGCUCUAUAAACACCAGAUAGAAUUUAACCUCCACAUGGACUAUCAAAUCAGAACCAAUGCUCAAUGAAGGCUGGGCUCACCUCCCCAUAAGCUUUGUGCAAGCAAAUCAGGAGGAACACUCUGGGGGAGUCCCAGGAGGUGCCGAAGUUGUUUCAUAGGGGCUGCAUGCUGACAACCCAAGGGAUCUCUCCCAGCAUUGAUGAGAUCGUAGCUGUCAUUGCUCACAUGGUGAAAUGGAAAUUCCUGAGGGACAUUUAAAGGAGCAAUGCAAGUCAUGGUGAGACAGUUGUGCUUAGUCACACUCCCCAGGAAUACAUCGGGAAGGCUGCCCUUUGGCCAUAGGGUGAGGGAAUGGUCUCAGUUUGAUCAUUUCCCAGCACACGGAACUUUCCAUGGGGUUGGUUUGUGUGGCUCAUCUUUCCCAUCUGUUCCUUUCCUGGCAGCUCCUGCUAAGGCACAGCCUGAGGAGCAGCUAG